AUGUUCGCAGCCAACUUUGCUUUGGUCGCCUGUCUGAUCGGCAUCCCUUGCGGCAUCUUCGUUGAAGCAAAUCCUCAGCUGGAUAUGCUCGUCAGCGGCUACGAGAUGUUUGGGAUUUGCGUGAAGAAUUGCGCCCAGUGUAAGAAGCUGUACGGAGCGUACUUCGAGGGACAGCGCUGUGCCGAGUCGUGCAUUAAGGACCGCGGCAGCAACGUGCCGGACUGUGAGGACCUAGCCUCCAUAGCACCGUUUCUGAACACUCUCGAGGCGCAGAAUUUAUUGUUUUGA